UGAGACAGUCACAUGCUGGAGUAUGUCGGCAAAGACCGAAAGACCCCAGUGCUUUAUUAGAAACAGUGGGUUCCUUGUCUCAAAAUGUCUUGAUAAGCUGAGUUACAGUAAUCUUCAAAGAACCAUGGAACUCUUACGCUUGAGUCCCUAUGGUCUGAAGGUAUUGUAAAGAGGGGGUUUUCACUGUUUAUUUUCCUUGUCUAUAGAAACAAAAAGCUAAAAUGACUUCAACUGUGAGUAGAGUGUACCAUAUCUUAGCAUUCAUCUGGUACACUUUUGUUAUGAAGAGUCUGGCUGCUAAGGAUGGAGAGGAGUUACCACCAGGUAUCUUUGCCUAUGGAGGACCCUGGAAGUACCUUACUUUUUUAAAUUUGGUUGUGCAGUUUAUAUUCUUUGGACUGGCAGCACUAAAUGAUCUACAGCCUGGUGACCAAUCUGAGAGCACUCUGAACAAAUGUAAAGAUUUCCUCUUCACUGUCUUUGUCGUCCCGGUAGGCAUGUUUGUGGUUCUACUUUUCUGGACUAUCUUUGCCUAUGACAGAGAGUUAAUCUACCCAGCAACUAUUGACACCUUCUUCCAUCCCUGGAUGAACCAUGCUAUGCACACAUUGGUUCUGCCGUUUUUACUUGGAGAAGUGCUGGUGCAGCCGCACGUCUACCCACAGACGAAACAUGCGCUGGCAGCAUUAGGAGUUGUGGGCUUGGCUUACUUAUUCUGGAUUUUAUGGGUGUACUUGUCAGUGGGACUUUGGGUCUAUCCCCUCCUUCGACACUUCAGCACGUCCUGUCUGGUGGGGUUCUUCUUUUUGAACAUGUCCAUGGUGACCUUGUUCUACCUGCUGGGGAAAAGUCUCAAUAGCCUCGUAUGGAGAAAAGGCAUGAGCAAGGUUGCAGCAAAAACAAAGUGACUCUGACUUUAUACCAGAUAGUAAUGGUUCCACAGAUGUAAUACACCUGUAAGUGAGAUUAUGUCAAUUUGAAAAUAGAAAUAAAAACACCCUGAUAAAAGUAAUAAAACUCAUCAGUUCUUUAUUCUGAGCCAUUUUGCCAUUGUUUAUGGUGGCUAAUGGUCACAAAUCUCA